AUGGCGACCCCAGCCGUCGCUACCUUGACCUCGACGUUGCGCGCGCUCGAGCGACGCGACAUGCAGCGCAUCUGCAGCGGCCAGUCGAUCGUCGACCUCGCGACUGCCGUCAAGGAGCUCGUGGAGAACGCGCUGGACGCCGGCGCGUCGCAGAUCGAGGUGAAGCUCCAGGAGUUCGGUCGAGACGCUUUCGAGGUGAGCGACAAUGGCGCGGGCGUCGCGCCGGAGAAUUACGCGGCACUGGCGAGCAAACACUUUACCAGCAAGAUCCGUUGCUUUGAGGACCUUGGGCGCGUCGCGUCCUUUGGUUUCCGUGGCGAAGCCUUGAGCGCGAUUUGUGAGCUGGCGGCCACUUUUACCGUGUGCACGAGGACAGCAAACGAGGCCGUGGGAGCUCUGCUUAAGUACGACGCGAGUGGAGCGCUAGUGGACGAGACGAAGAGAGCGCGGCCUGUGGGUACGACUGUCACCGUGACCGAGCUAUUUAAGCCACUGGCCGUCCGGUACAAGGAGUUCCAGCGGCAUAGUAAGAAGCACUAUGCCAAGCUGCUCAAGGUGCUGCAAGCCUAUGCUGUUAGCUGUGAAGACGUGAAGCUCUGUGUGUUUAACACCGUGGCUGGAAAAAAUGCCACUCGACAUGUGGUGCUAGCUACUCAAGCACAUCAGACCAUGGGGGAGAACAUUGCCAAUGUGUUUGGUAUCAAGUUUUUCAAAACGCUGCUCCACGUCGACUUCGAGCUGCAAUGUGCUUCUGAGAUAUUGGAAAAAGACAAUGACGGGGAGACGAAGGGUGAAAGUGCAGAAGGUUUUGGAGAGGUAAACGCUGGUACGGAGAGUCAAGAUACUGUUGUGAGUGGACACGAACGAAGAGUCGUGGGCUAUGUCUCAAAAGUCGGCGAUGGCGUCGGCCGAAGUGACAAUGACCGACAGUUUUUUUUCAUCAAUGGACGACCCGUUGACUUGCCAAAGGUGGCGAAAUCGCUGAACGAAGUAUGGCGACAGUACGAAAUGAAGCACAAACCCGCAUGCGUGCUAAACUUUCGCCUUCCGCUCGGCGAUUGUGACGUCAAUGUUACUCCGGACAAGCGAGAAGCGUUUGUGAAGCACGAAGCAGAAAUCAUUGAUGCAUUUAAGUCGGGUCUACAUCGACUUUAUGAGCCGAGUCUAGGCAAGUUUACAGUUCAGCCUUUGAUGACAACGUUCGGUCCAGCUGCAAAGGCUGAAGUGUCCGCUAGGCAGUCUACUUCCGCACCAUCUCACGACCCAGCGGAGCAACUUCGGUGUGCACCUGCCUUUUGCAACGGGACUAAUGAUGAUGAGGUACCAGUCGAUAUCGAGUCAAUGGAGCGAUCACGCCAAAAUGACCAAAACGAGAUGAAAGUGGCUGAUCUGAAACAAGUGGUUGCAGAAAACAUUGAGUCAAAUGGUUACGGGUGCAAUAGCGCGGAGAACAUACCCCUACGCAACAGCGACACCCAUAAACGAAAGCAACCUUCGUUACCAAAGACACAUCCGUUGUCAUCUAUCGACACUCCCGUAAAGGGACCGCGGAAUCCAGUCAAAAGGCAGAAAUCAGACUCAUCUGGGCUGACUUCUUCGACAGCGCUGGAGCAUGCGUGGUCGAUGCGCCAGAUGAUGAGACAGCGCCAUCAGUAUUUUGAGGAAGAAAGAGAGUAUGAGCAAAGGAGAAAGGUUAGCCGCGUGGUAGUGCCGAAAAUGUGUUCGACCUCGGUGGGUGAAAACGACCUGGAAGCAAACAACGAGGUCGCUACAGCAGCUCUGCAGCGCGUGCUCAAGAAGGAAGAUUUCAAGCGUAUGGAAGUUCUUGGCCAGUUCAACCUUGGUUUUAUCAUCGGCAAGCUGGACAACGACCUGUACAUCAUCGACCAGCACGCGAGCGAUGAAAAGUAUAAUUAUGAGACGCUGCAGAACACUACAGUCAUGCACCAGCAACCCCUUGUCCAGCCACUGCAGCUGGAGCUAACAACUCGAGAAGAACUGAUCAUCUUGGACCAUAUGAAGGUGUUUGUAAAGAACGGAUUUACAUUCUUAGUCGACAAGAACGCUCCAGCUACAAAGAAAUUGAGGCUGCUGUCGCUGCCUUUCACGAAACACACGCAGUUCGGAACUGAAGAUGUUCGAGAACUGGCAUCCCUGCUGAUGGACACACCACUGAACUCGCCUACGAUACGCCUGCCUAAAGUCACGGCAAUGUUCGCAUCUCGGGCGUGCAGGAGCUCGAUCAUGAUUGGUACUGCUCUCCACAAAGAGGAGAUGCAGAAGAUCGUUUACAACCUUUCAAGCCUGGAUCAACCAUGGAACUGUCCGCACGGGCGUCCUACACUUCGUCACUUGGUCGACCUUUUACAUCUCGGCGAAAACAACAGCAAACCGGACGACGUAUCGUCAUGA